AUGUCGUUUCAGAUGGCGAAGCCAUUCACGUUCGGCGUACCAAAGAGAGACGACCUCCGCUUCUUCACGAAGGGCAGGCACACCGACGUUGAGUUCCUGGUGGAGCAUGGCUCCGACCCGCCCAAGAGCUUCAAGGCCCACAAGAUGGUUCUCGCCAUGCGCAACGAGGUCUUCGAAACCAUGUUCUACGGAAAUCUGCCCGAGAAGGACCAAGUUCGGGUCACCGACUUGCAUCCGGAUGGAUUUUCUGCUUUCCUCGAGUACCUCUACAGAAAGGAAGCCAUAUUUGUCAACGUCAAGCAAGCAUUGCACACACGAGCAGCCGCCCAGAAGUACAUGGAGUCUGAGCUCGUGGAAGCAUGUGACAGGUUCAUUCGAAAUUCGAUGCAGUCAACCGACGUGUGUGACGUCUUAGAAUACGCCGCAAAGAACGGCAGCCUCGCAAACUUCAACGACAUUAUCAACGAGCUUCUGGAAAUGAGGGGUCUUCAAGUCCUGGAGUCGAAGGCGUUCAUCGCCGCGUCGAAGGAAACCGUCCUCAGAAUACUGAAGAACCCAGGGCUGCGCGUCAAGGAAUACGACGUUAUCAAGAGUGUCUACGCAUGGGCGAUUGCGCAUUGUGGAACGGAGACUGGCGUACCUUCCAACACCGUCCUCCAAUGGACCAUGAGGCCAUUCCUGCCAGAGCUUAGAUUCCUGACGUUGUCCCGUCUAGAGUUCGUCGAAGGUCCAGCUGCGUGGAACAUCUUGACCGAGUCCGAGGCGUUGGCUGUUCUCAGCAACAUUGUAAAGCAUGGCUCAAAGAAGUGGCCGGUGGGGUUCUGCACUAUCAAGCUAGCCAGGAGCAGGGACCUGUAGCCACACAAUAAUCGACCAACAAGGUUGAAGUU